UUGGUUUUUUCUCGUAAGAGUUUCUUUCGUGUGUGUGUGUGUUUGCGCCCACCAGUUUUCCAAAUUGCAAUCUCUGGCUUCUCCACAAAUCGACUUGCAAAAUGACCACUUUUCGGAUGGCAAAAGAACAAUUUGCCACCUUGUGUUCAAGAGGGCACGUAAGAGAAGCUUUUGAAAGCUUUGUAUCAGAGAUAUGGGCAGAACCCCAUUUGUUCUCAAACCUCCUCCAAGCGUGCAUUGGGUUAAAGUCUGUUUCUUUGGGCAAGCAGCUUCACUCUUUGAUAUUAACUUCUGGUUGUUCCUCAGACAAGUUCAUUUCCAACCAUCUCCUCAACCUCUAUUCAAAAUUUGGGGAGCUUAGAGCCACUGUUGCUUUGUUUGAUCGAAUGCCCAGGAGGAACAUCAUGUCAUGUAACAUCAUGAUCAAGGCCUAUCUUGAAAUGGACGACAUCGAGAGUGCUAGGAACCUGUUUGAUGAAAUGCCUGAAAGAAAUAUUGCCACGUGGAACGCGAUGGUAACGGGUUUGGCCAAGUUUGAAAUGAAUGAGGAGUCUUUAGUCUUCUUUUCGAGAAUGAAUGAGUUAGGGUUAAUGCCAGAUAAGUACUCUUUGGGUAGCGUGCUCAGGGGAUGUGCUCAUUUAGGAGCUUUGUUUGCUGGCCAACAGGUUCAUGCCUAUGUUAUGAAAUGUGGGUUUGAGUUUAAUUUGGUUGUUGGAUGCUCUUUAGCUCAUAUGUAUAUGAAAGCUAGAAGCAUGGACGAUGGGGAGAGAGUUAUCAAUUCGAUGCCAGAUUACAAUUUGGUUGCUUGGAAUACACUUCUGGCUGGAAAAGCUCAAAAAGGGUCCUUUGGGGGAGUUCUGGAUCAAUACUGUAUGAUGAAAAAGGCAGGUUUUAGACCUGACAAGAUUACUUUUGUGAGUGUGAUCAGCUCGUGUUCGGAGUUAGCUAUCCUUGGUCAAGGGAAGCAAAUUCAUGCUGAAGCAAUCAAAGCAGGAGUUAGUUAUGAAGUUUCUGUAGUUAGUUCAUUGGUUAGUAUGUACUCUAGAUGUGGAUGUUUCCAAGAGUCUUUCAAAUCUUUUCUGGAAUGCAAAGAGCGAGAUGUUGUGUUAGGGAGUUCAAUGAUUGCUGCUUAUGGGUUUCAUGGUCAAGGAGAAGAAGCCAUCAAACUUUUCAAUCAAAUGGAACAAGAAAAUCUGCCAGUAAACGAGGUCACUUUCUUGAGCUUGCUUUAUGCUUGUAGUCAUUGUGGAAUGAAGGACAAAGGACUUGAUUUCUUUGAUGUGAUGGUGAAAAAAUAUGGACUCAAGGCUAGACUAGAACAUUAUACUUGUGUGGUUGACCUACUAGGCAGGUCUGGCUGUUUGGAGGAGGCAGAGGCCAUGAUACGAUCCAUGCCUGUAAAAGCAGACGCAAUAAUAUGGAAGACAUUAUUAUCUGCGUGUAAACUCCACAAGAAUGCUGAAAUUGGAAGAAGAGUUGCUGCAGAAGUUCUUACGAUCGAUCCUCAAGAUUCAGCUUCAUAUGUUCUACUUGCCAACAUUUAUUCUUCAACUAAGAGAUGGCAAAAUGUUUUUGAGGUAAGGAGAGCCAUGAAAGACAAGAUGGUGAAGAAAGAACCAGGCGUAAGUUGGGUAGAAGUGAAGAAUCAGGUUCACCAGUUUCAUAUGGGUGGUCAAUGCCACCCAAAACAUGUGGAAAUUAAUCAGUAUCUGGAACAAUUAACUUCAGAAAUGAAGAAUCGGGGCUAUGUACCUGAUACUAACUCUGUUUUGCAUGACAUGGACAAUGAGGAAAAAGAACACAACUUGAGGCACCAUAGUGAGAAAUUGGCAAUUGCUUUCGCUUUAAUGAGCACCCCAGUGGGAGUGCCAAUAAGAGUGAUGAAAAACUUGCGGGUUUGCAGUGAUUGUCAUGUUGCCAUCAAGUACAUAUCAGAGAUAAAAAGUGUAGAAAUUAUUGUGCGGGAUUCUAGCAGGUUUCACCAUUUCAAAAAUGGUACAUGCUCUUGUGGAGAUUAUUGGUAAUAGUUACCCUUGAUUUCCGUUUCAGAUUGUUCAUGAUGUUGCAUAAUUUUCAGUGAAUAGUCCCUCAAAAUGGCAUGUACCAGUGGUCAAAGCAGAGGGAAUCAAGAGUUACGUUCACAUGGCUUUGGAAGUUGCAAUUUCGUUGGUCUAUUUGGGUCAUGGAUCGUUAAUCAACCAAAAUUCACAACUGGCUUUCUUCUUGCACCCGGUGGGGGGUGGGGGGGUGGGGGCGUGAAAUGAAUAAAACGCCCUUAAGUAAAUCCCUACUCAUCUAACAUUCACAUAGUGGUGCAACUCCAUAAUUCCAUAUCCUCUACACCUUCUAGUCCACGAAGAGCCUUCCGCCGCUGCCAAGGAGCUUCCAUUCCACCAUUGCAACUGCUGUCAUCCUUCAUUGGUGGAUCAUCAUCUGAGAGCUCCACUCUUUAAGAAUGAGCAGCUUCUCGAACCAGAAGUAGGCAGCGAAAUGGUUUGAUGAAGGAAAACGAAGGUGCACACCAGGUGUUCGAUGGAAGGUUUGGUGCGUGUUUGGUGUGUGUUUGAAGCCUCACAAGCUCAGAAAGCCUUCCAAGAGGGAAGGAAGCUGGAGGAUAACGUGCUAAAGAGGCACAAAGGUUGAACUCGAGAUAAGAAUGGCUGGAUUCAUUGCAACAACAUUUCUUUACAUCACUCAAGUUAAGUUCUACGAAAGAUGAAGCUCUCUUUUAUAGGAGAAGAUGAGCUUGGAAGUGUGCAAAGAAAGCUACAUAAGCUACAUAUUAGAAACGUGCAGGAAUCUAAAUGCAAUGUGCAGGAGCAACUUCCAAAGGUGGCCAUGUGUUCCAUGUGGAAAAUGUGGAAAGUGUGCGCAUGUGAAGAAUGCUACACGGCUGGACAUAUGUCACAUGAAAAAUGUUGAAAUCAUGCUCCAAAAAGAAGAAGCUCCAUGGCUUAGUUGUCUCCUUUGUACUCCCUUGAUUGGUCAGUUUUUUAUGAUGUGCAAGCAUACUUUCCCACCUUUAUUUGUGUCCUACAAAACAAGGUAAAAGUAUUUAGUUUAAGGAGAAUCUAUCUAAGACUUAGAUAAGGAAAUAGUUUUAGCAAUCUUUAUUGUACUUCCCUCUCUUUAGUCUUAGUUUUAGUUGAUACUUCUUUUGGAUGGGAAGUCCCUAAAGGGGUUGCCAUCAAAUGUUGUGUAUGAAUUUAUAUU